AUGAGGUCAGUGGAGAUCUUACUCUCCCAAUGCCGAUUGCUCCUUGUACUAGUUCCGACAGUGCUCCUUCUUAACUCUCUUGGCGAAGAUGUAAUUUUUCACCCUCAAGGGGAGUUUGACUCGUUUGAAAUCACCAUUCCCGAGAAGCUGAGCUUCCGGGGAGAGGUGCAGGGUGUGGUCAGUCCCGUGUCCUACCAACUGCAGUUAAAAGGCAAGAAGCAUGUCCUCCAUUUGUGGCCCAAGAGACUUCUGUUGCCCCGACAUCUGCGCAUUUUCUCCUUCACAGAACAUGGGGAACUGCUGGAGGAUCAUCCUUAUAUACCCAAGGACUGUAACUACAUGGGCUCCGUGGAAGAGUCUCUGGACUCUAAAGCUACUAUAAGCACAUGCAUGGGGGGCCUCCGAGGUGUAUUUAACAUUGAUGCCAAACAUUACCAAAUUGAGCCCCUCAAGGCCUCUCCCAGUUUUGAACAUGUCGUCUAUCUCCUGAAGAAAGAGCAGUUUGGGAAUCAGGUUUGUGGCUUAAGUGAUGAUGAAAUAGAAUGGCAGAUGGCCCCUUAUGAGAAUAAGGCGAGGCUAAGGGACUAUCCUGGAUCCUAUAAACACCCAAAGUACUUGGAAUUGAUCCUACUCUUUGAUCACAGUAGGUAUAGCUUUGUGAACAACAAUCUUUCUCAAGUCAUACAUGAUGGCAUUAUUUUGACUGCGAUUAUGGACACCUACUUUCAAGACGUUCGUAUGAGGAUACACUUAAAGGCUCUUGAAGUAUGGACAGAUUUUAACAAAAUACGCAUUGGAUAUCCAGCGUUAGCUGACGUUUUAGGCAGAUUUGUAAUAUAUAAAAAAAAUAUAUUAAAUGCUCGACUGUCAUCAGAUUGGGCACAUUUAUAUCUUCAAAGAAAAUAUAAUGAUGCUCUUGCAUGGUCUUUUGGAAAAGUGUGUUCUCUAGAAUAUGCUGGAUCAGUGAGUACUUUACUAGAUGCAAACAUCCUUGCCCCUGCCACCUGGUCUGCUCAUGAACUGGGUCAUGCUGUAGGGAUGUUACAUGAUGAACAAUACUGCCAAUGCAGGGGUAGGCUUAAUUGCAUCAUGGGCUCAGGACGCAGUGGGUUUAGCAACUGCAGUUAUAUCUCUUUUUUUAAACAUAUCUCUUCGGGAGCAACAUGUCUAAAUAAUAUCCCAGGACUACGUUAUGUGCUUAAGAGAUGUGGAAACAAAAUUGUGGAAGACAAUGAGGAAUGUGACUGUGGUUCCACAGAAGAGUGUCAGAAAGAUCGGUGUUGCCAAUCAAAUUGUAAGUUGCAACCAGGUGCCAACUGUAGCAUUGGACUUUGCUGUCAUGGUUGUCGGUUUCGUCCAUCUGGAUACAAGUGUAGGCAGGAAGAAAAUGAAUGUGACCUUGCAGAGUACUGUGACGGGAAUUCAAGUUCCUGCCCAAAUGAUGUUUAUAAGCAGGAUGGAACUCCUUGCAAGUAUAAAGGCCGUUGUUUCAGGAAGGGGUGCAGAUCCAGAUAUAUGCAGUGCCAAAGCAUUUUUGGACCUGAUGCCAUGGAGGCUCCUAGUAAGUGCUAUGAUGCAGUUAACUUAAUAGGUGAUCAAUUUGGUAACUGUGAGAUUACAGGAAUUCGAAAUUUUAAAAAGUGUGAAAGUGCAAAUUCAAUAUGUGGCAGGCUACAGUGUAUAAAUGUCGAAACCAUCCCUGAUUUGCCAGAGCAUACGACUAUAAUUUCUACUCAUUUAGGGGCAGAAAAUCUCAUGUGCUGGGGCACAGGCUAUCAUCUAUCCAUGAAACCCAUGGGGAUACCUGACCUGGGUAUGAUAAAUGAUGGCACCUCCUGUGGAGAAGACCGGGUAUGUUUUAACAAAAAUUGCGUCAAUAGCUCAGUCCUGCAGUUUGACUGUUUGCCUGAGAAAUGCAAUACCCGAGGUGUUUGCAACAACAGAAAAAACUGCCACUGCAUGUAUGGCUGGGCACCUCCAUUCUGUGAGCAGGUGGGGUAUGGAGGAAGCAUUGACAGUGGGCCUCCAGGACUGUUCGGAGGGGAGAUUCCCCAGUCAAUUCGGAUUGUGUCCAUCAUAAUGUUUCGCCUUUUUUUAUUAAUCCUUUCCGCGGUUUUUGUGUUUUUCCGACAAGAGAUAGGAAACCAUUUAAAAUCCAAACAGGAAAAAAUGCCACCAUCCAAAGCAGAAACUGAACAGGAAGAAUCUAAAACAAAAACUGGAGAGGAAGAAUCUAAAGCAAAAACCGAACAGGAAGAAUCUAAAGCAAAAACUGGACAGGAAGAAGCAUCUAAAGCAAAAACUGGACAGGAAGCAUCUAAAGCAAACAUUGAAAGUAAACUACCCAAAGCAAAGAGUGUCAAGAAAGAAAAAAAGUAA